AUGUGUCAGAUUACUUGUCAAUUAUGUGAUAUGAAUUUUAAUUUUACUUCAGAUUUAUUUGCCCAUUUGUCGUCAAGUCAAUCAACAUCGAGAACUUAUACACAAGAAGAAGUAAAAACAAUUUCUCCAAUUAUUUCUGAUGUUAAUGUUAAUACAAAUAUUCAUCAAUCUACAACAUCACUUCCAGUAAUUAAUUCAAAUACAGCAAUGAUUUCCCCAUUAGCAACAAUAACACCAACACCAUCAUUAGCAAUUAUACCACAAGUGCAACAAAAUCAACAAUCACAAUCACAAUUAUCAUUAUCAUUACCAAAUUUACUAAUAUUAUCAUCGAAUAAUCUACUUUUAUCAACACAAAUAAUGGCAAUGAUGAAUUCAAAUGCAUCAAAAACAUUAGCUUCAAUAGUAACACAAAAUACAACGAAUAAUAAUACAUUAUCAAUAUUAACUUCAUUAACAUCGAAUGAAUUACAUGCAAGUUAUUCGUGA